AUGCAAGGAGAGCAAUGGCGAAAGUUACCUCUGCCUCCAGGGCCCAAGCCACUGCCGCUGAUUGGCAAUAUUUACCAGAUUCCAUCCGAGAAUCCAUGGCGGAAAUACCAGGAAUGGAACGCUACGUACGGCCCCAUUAUCAGCUUCAAGCUAGGCCUUCAGACCGUGAUAUGCCUCGGGACUCACCAAGUGGCACACGAAAUCCUAGCGAAGAAGAGCGAGGUCUACAGUUCUCGACCUCCACUGGUGUUUAUGGGCGAGUGCGUGUUCCGCGGUCUGAACACAGCACUCCUGCCAUACACCAAGCAAUGGCGUCUGCACAGUCGGAUUCAGACCAAGUUUCUCAAGCCGGUGUGGGCGGAGCGAUAUGCGCCACUCUACGAUCUGGAAAGCAAACAGCUCCUUCUGGAUUUCCUUCACGGGGACCACGACAUCCGUGACGUCUUCCUUCGGUUCUCCUACAGCCUCACAGCUACGCUGACCUACAGUAAGCGCAUCGAGACAGUCGAUGGCAAAAUGCUCCGAGUCAUUGUUGAGGCCUCCGAGAGUAUCGCCCAGAUGAGUGCUACCCCCAUGGUCAGCCUAGUCCAGCUCUUCCCCAUACUGAACCGGCUGCCACGUCCCCUGGCGCCCUGGAAGGCACUAGGCGAUGAGAUUUAUGAAAAGGCAACUGCACUCUAUCGCGACUGUUGGACGGAGGGACAGAAAUCCCAGUCCUGGAACUGGCUGCGCGGCGCCUUCGAUCGCAGCGUAACUGCAGAUAUAGACACAGAGGAGUUUAUCCACAUCAUCGGAUUCAUAUUCGAUGCCGGUGCAGAGCCCAUGACAGGAGUGAUGGAGAUCUUUGUGCUCGCCAUGUUGACGUUCCCGGACGUUAUGAAGAAAGCCCAGCAAGAAAUUGACCAGCGGAUGAAUGCCACCAACAGAUCAAACCAGAUGCCUGCAGGCGAAGAUCUAGUACAUCUCCCCUAUACCAUGGCGAUUUUGGAAGAGACUCUUCGAUGGCGAUCAAUUGCUCCGGGGGGCUUUGCGCACAAGACCACCGCCGAUGAUGAGUUUGGGGGUUAUCGGAUCCCCAAGGGGUCCAUGGUCAUCUUCAACCACUGGGGAAUGGAUUUGGACCCCGAAGUCUUCCACAAUCCUAUGGAAUUUCGUCCGGAAAGGUGGCUCGAGAACCCAGAUCUCCCACUGGCCGUGUUUGGCUUUGCUCGUCGAGCAUGUCCUGGUCGGCACGUGGGUAAAGGAGCCAUCAAGCUUGCCAUAUGCCGGAUGCUAUGGCUGUUUGAUAUCUUACCACCCAAUGUGAAUGGAGAAGAGAUUAAGCCUGAUCCCCUUGACAUGGUGCAAGGGUUAUUGAGUCCCCCGACCCCCUUCAAAGCGGUCUUUAAGCUUCGGGGUGUCGAACGGGCGGAUAUCCUGGAGCAAGAAUGGAGAACGACAGAGAAAGAUCCAGAUACUUUGAUGAAUAGCAUUUACGAAAAGGGGGCUUAA